AUGUCAAACAAUCAAUUUGCGUCGUUCAACCCAACGACGGCACUAUCCUCCAUCGCUCAUGAUCCUUUAGUCACAUUGUCUUCGAACUGCAUUCGAGACUUCUUUGGGCCAACCGUUCAGCUUGUUGCAGAUUGUCUACAGGCACAAGGUGGCGCGUCUACACUGGCACAAAUCAUCAAUACAAUAAAAACAAAAUUGGAAGAGAGAGGUCGAACAAAGGAGCGAGUGGAAAUGAUCAAGGUUACUAGACUUCGGACCAUAUCAUCGUUUGGGAGACCUUCUGCAAAUUCCAUUGGAGCAGCCUUGCUGGUUCUAAUCCAACACUCUAUUGUCACAUACACAAAAACGUUGACAGUUAUAAGAGAGAAAAAGAAGAUGAUAUAUAGAUACAAGUUCGAUCCUGAUAGAGCUCGACUGCUCCCAAGAUAUCCUCGGUAUGUGGAAUACACAAAGAAAUCCAUGGGGGAAAUUGGAGCAGCACUAAUCGAAGAACUUCUUCUACAAGGGCGUAUGCGUACUGUGGAUGCUGUCGAGCAAACAGUGGAGCAAUUGAAGCAGCUAAAGAGUCCACCUGCUUCUGAUCGCUACACAUAUCGUGAAGCAGUCCUUGGGUGCUUUGGGCGCCUUGUUCAAGGUGGGUAUAUUGAGGAAGUAACAGAAGUCAAAGAUGACGGUGGCGAUGCUGGAGAAACCGAGUUUCAUGGUUUAGAUACUUUACUGGGAAACGAGGAAUCCAAAGAAAAAGUGGACAGCAACGACAAUCCAGCCACAGUUUCGCUACUGCAAUCAGGACAGUACAAGAGUCUCCAACCAUCCACUGUCUGGAAAGUUAAUAUUCGUAUGUUCCAUGAUUCCUUGCGAGCAGUAUCACUAGGGACUCUAGUGUACGAAAUAUAUGGGCAAAAGGUACAGUUCGCGGGGUCGAUGGUGGCAGCUGCACUCAAGCUUGCUGCCUACAAAGAACAUGCAGAAGGCGACAAGAACUUUGAGUCUCAAAAGCUAUUUAGUACCGAAAAUAUUCAGAGGUAUUUGUCAAAGCCAGUAUUUCAAGACUUGGAGAAGAAGCCCGGAGGUGUCAACCUAAAUAUGUACAAGACACUCCUCGAGCUUUGUAAGUGUCACCACCCUCAAGUUGUGCAACAGGUGGAAGUUGCCGAUGGCCAUCCUGAAAAUGCAAAGUUUCAAAUCACAACGUCUAGGCUAGUUCAAUUCUUGCAAGAUCGUAUUGCAAAGCAGAUUAUUCUUGACAGUCACGGUGAAAUUGCCGCGAGAGUAUACGCUAUAUUAAGAGCAAAAGGUAGUCUCGAGUCCGAUACGAUUGCUGAGAUAGCAAUGGUUCCUGCAAAAGAAACAAGAGAAGUUCUUCACCGACUGUACCGGGAGAAAUACAUCGCUCUCUUCAAUCUAAACCAAGGAAAACAACACAAUCCAACCAGCAUGUUCUAUAUAUGGUCUGUAUCGCACGCAAGGACCCUGCAGCAUACAACUGACAGUGUAUGUACUGCACUAUACAAUAUGAGACUGAGGCGGCAGCACGAAGUUGAAGUCGGGAAAGAAUGGAUCGAGCGACAAGAACAUGGAGCAGAAGAAGAAAAUGAGAGUGAAAUUGACAAACUCAAGUUUACACAAUUCUGCAAAGGGAUGGAACGGCUUGACAGAGCAGCCUUACAACUUGAUGAAACACUGAUGGUGUUAAAAGACUAUUGA